AUGAGUAGCGACGGAGGUUUAUGUAGGGAUUCAGAAGGGCUGCGUCCAUUCUCUCUUGUACGACCAAGCGACUUUACGUUUUGCUUCGAAGAUGUCGUCGUCACUUUGGUGCCCCUUGCUGCGUUUGCCUUUUGGAUGAUCUCGAGUCAAGUCCUCCGCUUCGCCCGCCGGCGCCAACCGCACGAAUCCGUCGUGAGGCCAUCCCGACUCGGAACCGUACUCAUGACCAUAUGCGCUCUAGCAUCUGUAGUAUUCUCAGCUGUUCGUCUUGCUAACUGGAAUGUCGACGCUCGCGGCUCAGUCGCGUUCGGCGUGGUAACGUUCGUCGCCCAGAUAGUUGCGCUGGUCGCUCAAUUGGCCGACCAUCGUCUUGGCCAGAAGCCAAGCGUAUCCGUAGUGUGCUGUUGGACAUGGGUGGCGAUCACCUCCAUCGUCAAGCUGAGAACUUUAUCCUUGUCGAGCGACACCUCUUCUCAGUACUUCAACAUGACCCUCGGCACUUUAGUGUCGUCCGUGCUGUGGCUGUUCGCCGAGGAGACUUUAUCCGUCAGAUCUACUGACGGAGGAGAUGCCACUCCGCUGGACAAGGCUGGUUUGCUGAACUAUCUGACAUUUGGAUUCAUCUGGUCCAAGUUGCGAGACAGCCACAAGUACAAGCUGACCAUUGAAGACGUUUGGAGAAUACCCUUGGAAGAAUCUACUGACCGCAGCUACGAGCGCUUAUCGGAUGCGUUAUCUUCAUCUGGCGCUGCGAAGAUGAGCCAUAUACGACUCUGCGCUGCUCUCAUCAAAUCUCAGCUUGCAAUGACCAUUGGUGCUGUGGGCCUAAAAGUGCUUGCUUCGAUGUUCAUGCUUCUGCAACCUCUUCUACUGGACGCGUUGAUCAACUACGUUUCCUCAUAUCGCUUUGACGGAUCAGAGGGAUCGGUGCGCUCACCACAAGCUCAUGCUACCGGCUAUCUCAUCGCCAUUGGAAUGCUGCUUGUUGGUUUGGUUGCUGCCAUCAUGAACGUGUGGGGAAGCCAGUUGGCCUGGCUUCUCUAUUAUCGCUGGAAAAUUGCUACCGCCAGCUUGGUGUUCCGGAAGAGUCUUCGCUUGUCUCCCAGCGCGCGUGUGGAAAACACUACCGGUAACGUCUCCAACCUUCUGUCCAAUGACGCUAUGGAAGUCGGGUUCAUGGGCGCAAACAUGCCGGAUGUCAUUGCCGCCAUUGUCCAAGUGGUGUUCGGCGUGGGUUUGAUCUGGGCGCAACUGGGAGUGUCAACCGUCUCGGUUGUAGUUUUCAUUUUGCUCCUUGGUCCCGCUCAAACGUGGAAUGCGAAUUUCAUUGAAAAAUGGAGUGACAAGCAAUUUGAGGUUAUGGAUACAAGGCUGGGACUAACGACCGAGAUUAUAAACGGCAUGAAAAUGAUUAAAAUGUACGCCUGGGAAUCAUUCUUUGUUCAAAAGUUAAAAGACUUGCGCAAAACCGAACUUGGGCAUCUUGGCAUCCGCCGUGUUGGUGAAAUCUUUGGUGUCCUUCUGGGCAACUUGCCUCCGGUCAUCAUGUUCCUUACCGCCCUUGGAAUAUCCACGGCUAUCGAAAAAAAGCCUCUGGACGUUAACCGCAUUUUCGUCACGCUGGCCUUGUUCAAUCUGAUGAAAGCCCCACUUGUUGAACUGUCAAUGUCUCUUCCUGGUGUUGCUGUCUCGUGGGCAUGCGUGAAGCGGGUCGCUACUUUCAUGAACGAGGAAGAGAUUGAGAACUACAUUGAGCCCAACGAGGAGCAUGGAGCCAUCAAAAUCAAGUCCGGCGAGUUUACAUGGGCAAAGAGUGCAACCGAUAAGGGCGACACGGGGAAGGCCACGCUCACCGAAAUGGAAUUGGACAUCAAAUCGCGCGAGUUUGUCGGGGUGGUCGGCGCAGUAGGAUCAGGGAAGUCUUCGCUACUCUCUGCGAUACUUGGUCAAAUGGAAAAGACCAGCGGGCUUGUUUUCGUGGGAGGAUCUGUCCUUUACGUUUCGCAAAAGCCCUGGAUCUACCAAGGGACCAUCCGCGACAACAUCUUGAUCGGUCGCCCGUACGAUGCCAACCGAUACAACCUCGUCAUUGAAGCUUGUGCCCUCUCCCGGGACUUAGAGCUCCUGGCUGCACACGAUCAAACCGAAAUUGGCGAGCGCGGUGUCAACCUCUCUGGUGGCCAGCGUCAGCGAGUCUCCCUGGCUCGUGCGGUCUACGGUGAUGCAGACAUAUAUCUUCUCGACGACGUGUUAUCUGCUGUUGAUCGCCAUGUUGGAAAGCACAUCUUUGAUCGUGUUCUCGGACCUCAAGGCUUGUUGGCCACCAAAACCCGAGUGCUCUCCACCCAUGCUGUACAUGUCCUGAAGGACGCUGAUCGCGUCCUGGUGCUUGGGGAAGGCAAGAUCGUAGCCUCUGGGCCCUACGACGUCCUGAUUGCGGACAGUAAGAUCUCCGAGGCACUUUUCAAUAGUCCCACAGCGGUUGUGGCAGCAACAGAGUCGACAGAAGGUGCAGUGGCAGAAGACGAAGCGGCCGAUCCUGACAGCACAAGCGGAGGGGAGAUUGGUGGGGAAAAGGCUAAGCUGAUCGAAGAGGAGGAAACUGAGAAUGGCAAAGUCAGCUGGGAAGUUGUGAUGAUGUACUUCCGCGCUUGCUCCUUCGCGCUGCUGGCGGCAUUCUUUCUGGGACUCGUUGUUUCCGAGGGAGUCAAUCUCGCCUCAAGAUACUGGCUUUUGUACUGGAACGACAACCCCUCGUCCCACAGCCUGGGUUUCUAUUUUGGGAUUUAUCUGGCCUGGGUCAUUGGUUAUGUCGUCCUUUAUCCAUGGGCUGGUUCCCUUUUCUUGUGCUUCAUGGGUGUCCGUGCUGGUCGCGUGCUACAUAACGACCUCCUCUCCCGGAUCAUGAAGAUGCCUUGGUUGUUUUUCUCUGUCACGCCGGUUGGACGAAUCAUGACCCGUUUCAGUUCUAACCUUGCGUCUGUGGACGUGGGUCUUCCGGAUGCCUUUUACGAUAUGAUUUUCGCGCUGGCGAAAUGUUAUUGUCAACAUUCUUCCGACAAUUAUAAGCCUUCCGUCAUUCCUCAUCGUUGUUCUGGUCGCCGGUAG